AUGACUGGCUCCGUCUACGGCAGCAUACGGAGGCCUGACGCCGGCCAGGUGGCGCUUACAUCUGGCCCAUUAGCUCUCGACCGCUGCAAUGACUCUCCACGCCACGGAGAGCCUGUUGAAAUAAUAUCAUCAGGACCUUUAAGUGCUGAAGGCCGCCUUGCCUAUUGGCUGCUCAGAAUAGCGAGUCAGGGUAUCACUCUGGAUCUGACCUGUCAGCUCCGGGGCCAGGUCCACUGCUGCGGUGAACACAGAGCUGGUUAUGUCACUCUUUCGGACAACUGUUUCCCAUCACUGGAAUUUAAAAACUCACAAAACAAAAAGUUUCGACACAGCGUCACAGAUUUGGAGAAUGACAAAUAA